CUUCUCAGUAUUGUUUCAAUACCUAACCAUUAGCAAUGUCAUUAUCUCAUUAAUGUCUCUAUAUUUUCUAUAUUAUGUGAARAUUUUGUACGAGUUUCAUGGAAUGCCCCCUGGUCCAAGGAUAUCCUGCUUUCCGUUUGUAGGCAACAUUAUGAGCUUUGAUCGCAUCUUCGAGGAUAACAACGAUAGUUUCCACCGAAAGUAYGGUCGUUUGUAUUCACUAAAGAUUGGUGACUACAAAAUUGUGGUUGCUACUUCCGGUGAAGCCAUUUACGAAGCUUUGGUGAAGAAAUCAUUGGAUUUCAGUGGGAGACCUCCUCUUCAUGGUCUUAUGGUUCAAACGUUAGGUGGCAAAGAUAUUGCAUUUGGAAGCGGCGGGCAAGCUUGGAAGUACCACCGUAAACUAUUCACAACAGCAUUACGCCAGUAUCUAACCGACGUGUCAGUUCUGGAUUCYCGCAUAAACCAGCAGUCAAAAAAACUCUUUGAAUACAUCGCAGAACAAGAUUCCAAACCAUUUGACCCCGAGAUCAUCGUUGCUACAUGCCUUGGAGAUGUWAUCUGUAGCUAUGUCUUUGGAAAAUACUUCAACUCCUCUCGACCAGAGUUUGUUGAGUUCCUUGGUGUUCUUGAUGAUGCUUUGGCUCUGGAACUCGAUGCUGAUAUGUUUCUCUUUGAUAUGUUCUCCAUUGCGAAAUAUUUCCCUUUGGACACUUACAAGAGAAACGAAAAGAUCACAAACCGCAUGUUUGCUGUUCUGAAGCAAGUCUUUGAAAACUGCCAAAAGGAUUCCAACGGUCAAGACGAUUUACCCGUCACAGAUUUCAUGGCUGCGUUGCUCAAAGCACAGCGUGAWGCUAAUAAGCAGGGUGAUGAGCAGUUGAUAGAAUUCUUACACGAAGACUACGUUUUGAAUAGUCUUUUAGACAUGUUUAGUGCAGCUUAUGAAACCACGACGACAACCUUUAAAUGGGCCAUUUUGUUUCUGGUCAAUUUUCCCCAAUAUCAGGUGGAGCUUCAAGAUGCUUUGGACAAGGUUGUUGGACAAGACAGAUUGCCUAGCCUUGAUGACCGUCCAAACCUCAAAAUUUUCCGUGCAUUUAUAAUGGAAACGUUGCGUAUUGGUAACACUUCYCCCCAGACCAUCCCCCACUAUACUAUCAAAGACACCACCUUGUGCGGCUAUCGAAUCCCUAAAGACACCAUGCUCCUGAUCAGCCUAGAGUCUUUACACAGGGAUCCUGAAAUCUGGGAAAAUCCUGACGUCUUCUACCCACAUCGCCACCUUGAUUCUAAUGGAGAAAUCAUUGAAAGUCAUGGAAUUCUUCUUCCCUUUGGUGCUGGGCAGCGGGUUUGUGCUGGAAAAGCUUUUGCAAAUGCUUUGCUGUUUGCUUUCUUGGCCCGCAUGUUACAGAAGUAUAAUUUUGUUGCAGAAGAAGGGAAGCCUCCGCCUUCGAUUCAAGCUGCACGGGGAGCUGUGCUUAGUCCAUUACCUUACAAGAUACGUGCAGUGCUUAGAGAGAAUAAAAAUAUGUAAUGGACUGGGRAAAAAAKCCUCCUACGAAAGUGGUCACAAAAAUAGCCUAAGAAAAGUCUUGUUCGCAAGAAAGCAAAAAAAUAUUUCUUUACAUAAACGAAUGCAUUUAUUUCUAGUGUCAAUAAAGAUUACAAUUAUAGUUUUGGAAGUAGAAAWUAUACAAAUUUUAGUAUUUUUAAACAAAAACAUAUAUAUAGACGACGAAGUGAACAUGUUUUAUAGUUAGCUCCAUAUUCACAAGUAUACAUUAAUCAACAAAUAUUAAAAUUAUCCUCURCAACGUCAUCCAUUUUAAAUUUUAUGAUCACCAACUUAAUCGUAAGAGGAAGUAGCUGAUCCCAUUAAAGAGUGCUCAAUACACAUGUAGUGUAGAGCUAGUUAUAUAUAUUAUCAAAGAGGCAAGAUUUUGCUGUUACUCCUCAUUAAAUACUCGUCUGAUGAGUCUGAAAUCUUGCCUCUUUGAUAUUAUAUAUGAUUACCAACUUAUUUAUCAAAAUAACGAAACAUUCAAAUAGAGCRAAUAAACGUAUGUAGAAGUUCUACACCAAACCAAUAUAUAAUUUGCCCCGUGGCUUCUC